CAACGUUCGCUUUGUUUCGAAUAACAGAGGACCUUAAGUCGUCAGCGAGAUUAUUCUUACUUUGUUUAGUUGUAUUUAUUGACUGCACUUCGUCCGGUUUUGCGUAGCACCGCUGGCGCCACCGUGUCCCCGACAUUUUCCAAUCGUACAGCAAAGAUGUUCCGCCAAGAGGCGUACGCUGUAACCGAUGACCGCAGCGCUAAGCUACGCAGUAGCCCUGAUUACUGGAAGUUUCGUCUUCAAUUGUCACUGGUUACCACCAUACUGAUUCUUCACCUAUUCGUCGGAGUCACCAUUCUAUAUGAGGUGUGGCAAGCGACAUCCGCUAACCAUCGAAGACCCACUGGAGGCGCGGUUCUCGGAUCCAUAGAUGUACUAGUCUUCUUGGCGUUUCUUGCACGCCUAUUUGUACGACAGGGAUUGUACCAGCGUUAUAUUUUUCGAUUGGGCCUCGUAUGGUGCUCGUGCAGCGUUCAUCUAUGUGCACUGGUUAUAGUUUUAAUUUAUACGAUUACCAAAGAUGGAUGGGAUAAAUUUGAACAACAAAUGCUACAUACGGCGACAAAGCGUGAUAUAGCGGCUACAACAAUCGUCAUCCUAUCGGGGUUUACGAUGCUCUUGGGAUUCUCUGCAGUCGUAGGUUACAUGUGCCAACGCAAGGAGAUCAAUGAUUUUAAGCCGAACAAAAGUGUCCGUACUUCGCCAGUUUUAAAAACACAAAGCUAUAAAACCCCUUACCCGUACGCGAAUUUUCGGUUGCACGAGCUCCAGAAGAUUGGCAGUACAUCAGCGUACUCACCGUACGAGGAUAUUGUGAAGCCAAUCGGCUCAUGUGGCGGCAAAGCCCUUGGACUCAUCUCACCUGCCCCAUCACACGAGUUCGUCCAUACCAUCGGACAAUAUCAUCAGACAAUACCAUCGGCUGAUCGUAGCCGCUCUCUAAGGCCACUCAAAUGUAGCGCCAGCAAUUAUGCAAAAUCCCCGCUGGCUAGAUCCGUUAUACAAGAGAAUUGUGCGUGGAAACGAGGCUAUGGAGAGCAGAUGACGAGAAGCUUUGUGAAAAUGCUAUCACUGCCGAUGCACCUUAACGGGCGACACUGCGAGUGACGUGGAAUAGCUCGCUUAGGACGGCGACACGAAAGGUCAAGCAAAAAAGAAGCAUAAACUUUAGUGUUGAUCAUGGCAGCUACCGUCACACGUCAUAGCAGGGCCAUUUUGUCGAUUUCACAGUUAUCUGGUAGGUAUCGACACGUAGUUUUUGUUUUUUGGAGUAGCCAUUACUGAGCUAGAACGGUUUAUACUUGACCGCUGAAUAUAACUGAACUGAGUUCGCACAUUUCUAUUAGCAUAAACUUGAACUCUAUCAAGUUAGAGGAGGAUAUUGCACGUUCCGAUAAUUCCACGUCAACCAGUUUAGAUAUUGCAACCCAAAUAUGGCAUUAAAGCAUCCUUUCAAAAGCGUAUUAUACCCGUUAAUAUAUAUGCAAAUCAGGGAACAGUCUGCAAGUAAGGUUAUAAUUCUCCAUUGUUGCUUUAGCUAUUUCUAGACGGCGCAAACUUUUUUACGGAACAGACUACAAUAUCUAUUAAGCAAAUUUCUUUUGCUCUUUAAAAUCGGAUUGGAAUCUACGAUAUUCAGGCAUGCUCAAGAAAGAAUCAGGGCCUUGUGUCUAGUUAGCGCGCAGCUCGCUCGUCAUUGAUAACAUGACCAUUAUCGAUUUGUUUGGAGAGCUCCAGCCUUGCGCUAUGCAUUAAAAUGAAAGCUUAGUCGAACAAGUUA